AUGAUAGCAUCGUAUGGAUCCCUAGCUCCAAAAAGAUACAUCUACUCAGAGAUAAUGAAGGUAACAUCUUCUCGCAACUAUGAGCUUGGAAAAGGUGGUUAUGGUGUGGUUUUCAAAGGAAGACUACAUGAUGGCCAUCUUGUUGCCGUGAAAUUCUUGCAUGACUGCAAAGGAAACAGAAGCGAGUUUGUGAAUGAGGUUAUGAGCAUUGGUAGAACCUCUCAUGUUAAUGUUGUUAGCUUAUUUGGGUUUCAUUUGGAGGGGUCAAAACGAGCUCUUAUAUAUGAGUACAUGUCCAAUGGUUCCUUGGAUAAGUACAUUUACUCAGAGAAUCCCAAAGAAAUUUUAGGAUGGGAGAAGCUUUAUGCUAUAGCAAUUGGGAUUGCUCGUGGCCUCGAAUACUUGCACCAUAGUUGUAAUACACGCAUCGUCCAUUCCGAUAUCAAGCCUCAAAAUAUCCUUCUAGACAGGGAUUUUAGCCCCAAAAUUGCUGAUUUUGUUCUAGCUAAAUUGUGUCAUACGAAAGAGAGUAAAGUUUCAAUUACUGGGGCUAGAGGAACAAUUGGAUUCAUCGCUCCAAAAGUUCACUCUCGAACCUUUGGAGUGGUUUCGACAAAGUCAGAUGUUUAUAGUUAUGGAAUGAUGCUGUUGGAGAUGGUUGGAGGCAGGAGAAAUGUAAAAUCAAUUGUUCAAAAUUCCAGCGAGAAGUAUUUCCCAGAUUGGAUUUAUGACCACUUUGCUGAAGAUGAAGCUUUACAGGCAUGUGAUGUAACAAGUGAAACUGCAGAGAUAGCCAGAAAGGUGACCAUAAUUGGCAUGUGGUGCAUACAAGUACUACCUAUGUAUCGCCCCACUAUAACAAGAGUUCUAGAAAUGUUCGAGAGAAGAUUAGAUGAGCUGGACAUGCCACCAAAGCAAAACUUUGCACUAACUUGA